AUGCGUGCGCUGUCAUUGUUGCUGCUUCCGCUAUUGGCAUCGGCGUCGCCAAUCACCAACGUCAUGCCGUCUGGCAACGAUGUCUGUCUCGACGAGUCUUCCCUCCCGUCUGUGGCGACGAGCCUCAACGCCAACACACUUGCAACCGGCUCCGACGUUUCCGAGAAGAAGGACCUUCCAGUCUUCUUCUUCCAUGGCUCACAGGCAACAGCACGGAAGAGGGAGUGCUCUCUGACGGCGUUGAACAUCCAAGUGCCGAUGGCUAUCGCUGCGGUGCGCGAGGUGGUGGCGAGCGAUCAACGCUUCGCCGAUGGCUACAUCUUCAUCGGGCAUUCCCAAGGAGCUAUGAUGGCUCGCGCGGUGAUCGAGCAGAUGGACGACCACAAGGUGCACACGUACGUGAGCCUGGCAGGAGGCGGCUACAGAGGGAAGAUGCAGGCCGACUUGGCUCGUCGAUCGAUGGACCCCAAGCUUCAGGCUGCCUACUCCAUCACGAACUUGGGCCGAACUCCAUUCCUACCCAUGAUCAACAACGUGAAUAUCUGCGCGUGGUUUGAUUUCCACUGCCACUUGGAGAAGAUUCGUCGCAAAAACAAUUUUCUGAGACUGAAGGAGGCUCAUUACUUCGCCUCUCCGGAAGAUGGCGUGGCGUCGCCAUGGCAAGGCAUCGAGUACAAGGAAGACACAUACGGCUUGCGCUCGCUGGAUGAAAGAGGGGCGUUGUUCCGCUACACAGCUCCUGGAGUUCCGCACUGCUGCUGGCUGUACGAUUUCCCGAAGUUUCACGAGGAGGGGCUGUGCAAGUUUCACCCUCUUUACGACGAGUAUGCCUACAAAGUGCUUUGGUAG